AUGUCCUCUUUCCCCAAAAUCAAAUCCGUGAAAACCUACCUCUUGGAAGGCAAGGGUAUCGGCGGCGACUACCACAAUGUCGCCAAUGGCCACUGGCUUAUUGAUAGCGACAUCUCCAACCCCAUGUCCAAGUACCCAGAAUACCGUAAAUCCAGAGUUUCCUGGGGUAUCAACGUUUUGGGCUCUUUCUGUGUGGAAAUCGAGGCCACAGAUGGAACCAAGGGUUUUGCCACCGGUUUCGGAGGUCCUCCAGCUUGUUGGUUGGUGAAGUCUCAUUUCUUAAGAUUCUUGCAAGAUGCCGACCCAAGAGACUACAACUUGCUUUGGGACAAGAUGUUCCGUGCCUCAAUGUUCUACGGACGUAAGGGCUUGCCGAUCGCCGUGAUUUCCGUCAUCGACUUGGCGAUUUGGGAUCUUUUGGGCAAGAUUCGUAACGAGCCCGUCUACAAAAUGAUUGGAGGAGCCACCAGAGAAAGACUUGAUUUCUACUGCACGGGAUGUGACCCUGUGGCAGCCAAGAAGAUGGGAUUCUGGGGUGGAAAAGUCGCUCUUCCUUUCGGUCCAGACGAGGGACAUGUGGGAUUGAAGAAGAAUGUGGAGUUUUUGAGGAAGCACAGAGAAGCCGUUGGACCAAAUUUCCCUCUCAUGGUCGACUGUUACAUGUCCUUGACUGUGCCUUAUGCCAUUGAGUUGGCCACUGCCACCGAGGACUUGAACAUCAACUGGUUUGAGGAGGUUUUGCACCCCGAUGACUUCGAUGGCUUUGAAUUGUUGAAGAGAGCUCAUCCAAGAGUCAAGUGGACCACAGGAGAGCACGAAUACACACGUUACGGGUUCCGCAAGUUGAUCGAAGGAAGAAACCUCGAUAUUUUGCAGCCGGACGUGAUGUGGGUCGGUGGUAUGACCGAGUUAUUGAAGGUGGCUAACCAGGCCGCUGCUUACGAUAUUCCUGUGGUUCCCCAUGCGUCUGGUCCGUAUUCCUACCACUUUGUCGUCUCGCAACAAAACACACCUUUCCAAGAGUACCUUGCCAACUCUCCAGAUUCAAAGAGCGUGUUGCCUGUGUUUGGUAACUUGUUCAUUGACGAGCCCGUUCCAACAAAGGGUUUCUUGAAUGUGUCUGACUUUGACAAGCCUGGGUUUGGGUUGACUUUGAACCCAGAAGUGCAAUUGCUUGACGCCGAGUACAUUUUGCUGCCUUCUCCAGAAAGACCUUUGAAAAUCGAGGCCAAUGGGCACUCCAAUGGAAAGGUCAAUGGUCACUAG